UUCAGCGUUUUAAUAUUUAAUUGUCGUCGAUCGCGAACGGUUGUCAUUGCUCCAGAGUGCGGAGUAAAAUAGUUGCAUUGCCAUUUGGAUCGCCCCGUCUAAACCGUUAGCGUGAAUCGUGAAUAGCGAAGUGAUCCGAUUCGAAUUCCCGGGAAUUUGCUCAAGAGAAUCCCACGGCAACAUUUUUGUUCAGUGAUCUACCGUUUGUUUAAUUUUUUUUGGUUCAGUGCAGAGUGACCAAGACCAUGAUUAAGUGGUUCGGUUUAUCCAUGGCCCUCGUGCUGAUCGUGUGCUCCUAUCCUCCACACACAUCCUCGCGCAGCUACAGCAACGGACUGAUCUUCUACGAACUGAAGUCGCAUCGGCCGUAUCUGCCGCCCACGGUCAGUGUGUCGCGGGGUCGCAACCUGGCGAGCGUCAAGUACUCGGAGAAGGGCUCCAUUUGGUCCACCUUCGGACAGCCCUGCGAGUGCAGCGGACCCACCUGCGGCUGCUGUGCCGGCCUCAAGGUCGAUCAGUACCGAUUCGAUCAGAAAGUCUGCGCCAACGUGAGCUUCGUGCCGCAGCUGGAGGAGGCCCAACUGGAGGUCUAUCUGAACGGGAGGCCCUCCUCGAAGUACGGGAUCUCGGUGCGGAAUCCGGCGCCCUUCUGCAUUCCCGUCAUGAUGGGCGUGCCCAUGGCCAUGUGCGUCCAAAUGACCGACGUGGCCAUGGUCGACAGCCAUCUGAACAUGUGCAUGGACUUCGUGGUGCGACUGGCCACCACGGAUCUCUUCGAGAUGCACUUCCAGUGCAUGCGGAUGGGCCUCGAUGGGCUGCAGUAUGUGGACAAGAACGGGAAGCCCGUGCUGCCAGCUGGAGGUGGAGGAGAUGGGCAGAGCGACGAUCCCGAGGAGUACGAGUACGCCGAGCUGGAGGAUCAGCCGGAGGAAUAUCCCUCGCAGGAGGAGGUCAAGGUGGAGGAUCGGCCAGAAGAGGAUCAACCAUUGGGCUAUCCACCUCUGUUGCAAAACCAAGCACAGAAGACUGAGCCUCAGAAGAAUCAGCAGCAGCAGAUAGAGGAAGAUCAACCUGAGAAGAAUCAAACACUGCUUGAAAACGAGGAGAAGAAUCCCGCAAGUGAAGAUCUUGGCUAUCAACCACUACAUCAAAUCGAUCAUCUUAAAGAAGAAGAACAACAAUCAUUGGAUUAUCAGCCGGUGGAAAAUCAACCUGAAGAGAAUCAACCAGAGAAGAAUCAGGAAGAAUCACUUUCAGACAAACUUAACGAAGAUCCUUUGGAAGAAGACGAUCAGCCUACGGGUUAUCAGCCCAUGAUUGCAAUGGAACCCCAUAAAACUCAGCCAGAAGAAUCUAUUCCAGGGGAUCUGCAAAAAGAAAGCGAAAAGGAGGAGGGCGAAGAUCAUCGGGUGGACGAAGAACCCGAAGAGGUGGAGCCCCUGCCAAUCGAAAGUGAAAUGCUGAUGGCCAGCGAUCAGGCAGAAGAAGCCCCUCUCGAAGAAGAGGCCGAAGAAACGACAGCUGGAGAUGCGAAAGAGACGGAGAAGGAGAAAGAGAUGGAGAAAGAGCAAGAGACACCUGACUAUGACAAUGCUUUGAAUGGCGAGAGUGGCCCGAGGCCAAGUCAGGUAAUUGAAACAAUUACCAAUUCAAUAAAAGCCACUGAGGCGCCCACAACAACAACGACAACCAAAAUACCGACAACAACGAAAAUACCAACAACAACUAAAAUACCAACGACAUUUAACAAGCCAAACAUCGUUGUUAUUGAUGACACAAACAAUGGGGAGAAGACGCCAGUUCGAGAAGAAGACGGGGGUGAGAAGACAGUAGCAGAAGAGGCGGAGAAAGAGGGGGCCGAAGAAGACGAGGAAGAAGAAACCGAGGAAGAGGCGACAACAGUGGCUGUUGAAAUGGAAAACGAUAGCGAUAAUGAGAUAAACGUGGACGAUGAUGAUGACGAUGAGGUAGAGAAAAAAAACCAGGUGAAGGAACCCCCAAGCCAGGUGGUAAAAGGGGAGACCAAAACGGAAGAAAAGCCCGCGAAAGAGACGGAGAAAGAGGUGAAGACGGGUCACGGUGAAAAGGUCAAGCCAGAUGACACGGCGGCUGAAGAAGGAGAAGACGAAGACGAGGAGGAAGAAGGGGCGGAAGAUAAUAAUGAAGAAGGAGAGGACGACGACGUGGAAGAGGAAGAGGAGGACGAGGAUGCCGAGGAGGAGGAAGAAGAAGGAGAGGCUGCUGCAGAAGAAUCCACCGAGGCAGCAAAGUCCGAAGAAAGCGCUGUGAAAACCGAUGAAAAUGGCUAUGGCUAUCAAAAUACAUAUGCAAAUGCAAAUGAAAAUGCGGCGCCGGCAGCAAAGUCGUUGUCCCGACGUCGACGCCUGAGGAAAAUGCCCCUGCGGAAAAUCCAUUAGCCCCUCCUUAAACAUAAUUUAUUGUAAUUC